CCUGAUUGGGACGGCAAUGGAGAGAUGACGCCAGACAGCACUUCGUGCUACGUGAUUUCUGGUAAACCAUCUUCGGACGUAAAGGGCGAGCACUGGGCCAACGGAGGUGUCUAUAUCACUGGAAAGGCGCAGAAGAAGGAUCUUACCUCGAAUUUCGUGUGCUAUGGUCAGAUGCCAGACGCGUAUAAAGUCACUGUUGGUGUCCCUGUAUGUGCAGCACUUCAGCAGAAUGUGUAUGAUGAAUUCAACUUUUUGGCUCAGUAUGACAAUGAUCCUCUACCAAACAAUCAAUGUAUGUUGCAGCGUACGAUGCCACAGGUUUUCUGGUUUGGUAUCACUUCGUUUCGGCUUCUGGUGACACUGUUGUUGAUGCGACACAAAACAACUUUAUAUUGACCCCAACAGCAAUUGCAUUUCUAGAUCCAGUGUUUGCGGGAUCGCGAUUGCAAGUGCCGCAGAGAUCUGCCUCUGAUCCUAUUCCAACUCAGCGGAUAGUUGGAUCUCCAGGGCCAGUAUCAACGUUAAGGGAAGGGUACGGCAGGAUUACUGAUUUCUACAUCUAUGUCACGGGUCAAAUUACAACCAACUCCGACAGCAAUUAUGCGGACUUUGGGGCAACGAAGUACCCAUUGUCAUGCAGCAGAGAUAAGACCGUGGGAGUGAAAGGAAUUUCCACCCUUUAUUUGAAUGAUGCUAUCUGCUCGGGAAAGUUAAGAUCCUUGUCUACGCUAUCUGAUAUUUUCCUGGUGAAGUAUUCUGGUAACGGGGCACCUGCAAAGCAAGGUGUGUCAGGGUUGUAUGGAAACAGUUUGCGCCAGCCCCAGGUUGAAUGGAUCAGGCGAACUGGUGGCGAGACCACCAGUGAGACAGCUUCAUCUGUGGCUGUGAAUGCGAUCUCAGGAGAGAUCUUUGUCAUUGGAUCGUAUCAGGCAAGUGCAGCAAGUAAAUAUCAAGGAUCCAAUAUGUACACAUCAAGCGCUCAGCCGUAUUUCCUCAACUCUGCUUCGUCUACCGUGCAAACGAAUCUUGGCUACAAUGGAGAUGAUAUCUUCGGUCUUAAGACUGCUGGCAGAGUGAACAGUCUUGGCUGCCCAAUGUUAAGAGCGUCUCCUGUGACAUCUUCUCAGGAAUCUCUCGGAAAUACUGGACUGCCUGAUUGCACCAUGUAUUCGCAUGCCGCUUCUACAUCUACUUGGACAGGCUUCGUUGUCACCUUUGACGAUGUUGGAACAGUAGAUUUGCGCCCCCAGUUGAACUACGCUACAGCAUCGUACACUGGAAAGGUCGUUCAGAGUGGCACUCAAGCUUCCCCGUGCGAUGGUAGUGCUGUGCAUAUCUUGACCAAUCAGGCAUGCGCAAACUCACCUCGAGGCUGCAGUUGUUUGAGCCUAUCGGUCACGUCUGCAACAGUAUCCUCCGCUAAUUCAUUGGAUGGCAUGAAAGUAACGAUCACCAAAGGAACGGGCGCGGGAUACACUGGAGUGAUCUCCUGCUCUACCACGUGCACCUUCGCUUACAAUGUGAUUCCAGCGUUUUCAACGGUUCCUGAUGGCACAUCCGUCUUUCAGCUUCGCCCCUACCAGGAAUUGUUGCCUGCGACUUAUACCAAAUCCUGCGCAUCAAAAAACAUUGGCUGCAAUGCUUAUGGAGUGAAGUGGGCUAAGACGAUUGGAUUGCCCAUCGGACAAUCAGCCAUCACUGUCGGUCCUUAUGGUGGUCCUACCAACUUGAAGAAUGGAGGAUAUGGACCAUGGAAGCAGGUUGGAAUGAGCACAUCGACGGCUGAUGUCUUGUACCUCGCACAGUCUGACGCAGUCAGGGAUCCUUUGUAUUAUUCACAGUGGAUCUUACAAAUUUCAACGGAUACUCAGGCUCCAUACCGACCAACUGCUGUUGCCUUGGUUGGAAACUUCACCCAACCUUCUACGGGCCAGACCAAUGGUGGAUCUGUACAGAUAUCUUGUUUGCAUUUGACGGGAUCCAAUUGCCCAACAACAAUUACUGCAUACCGAUUCACACAACAACUUUCAGAACCCACCGUUGGAAUUGAUACUGUAGCCAGUUACGAAAAUCGUCAGCAAUCAAGUCCGCAGAGUAUUGCUGUGUUGAAUUCAGGGGUUUAUGUUGCUGGUUGGUUCAAGGGAUUCGACAAAUUUUCGUUUGGAAUUGAAGGAGUUGAUGAGACUAUCGGCUAUCGAAGCGUCAACGACGACACCUGGGAAUCUUACAUGGUCAAAUUGUCCGACUAAGCUGCACAACUCUUCGGAUGAGAUGAGAUUGGGAGGAAGUUUGUAAUCUAUUCUAGAAAGCUUGAAUUUACCAUCUUUGAUACGUUUUGUUCAUUAAAGAAAUUGUUUGAUCCGGU